UGAAGGUUGGAGGGUGUGGCUUUUACGUACCAGUUUGGGUAGCUGUCUUGCAGUCAUUAUAAAAACAAAAGAUCCUCUGAGCAUCUCUAGUGCCACAGACCGGAUUGUGUGAAACAUGCCGUCCUGCUUCAGACUCAGCGCAGCAUUGUUGCUGACAGCAACAUGUUUCACCCUGACAGCAGUUGUUGAUUCUCGAGAGCGAAUGACCACCUGUGAUACGGACCCUUUCAACACCCAUCGACUGACCUGUGACGAGGGAGUGAUCAGCGUGGACGAGGCUUUGUACGGUCGCUCCGACUCGUUGGUCUGCUCUGAGGGAAGACCUGCGCAGGAGCUGGCUAACACGCAAUGCGCUCAGGAAGGCACCUUGAGUAACAUCUCGACAAGAUGCAAUGGCAAAAAAUCCUGUGAAGUGAACACGGCGACUUUCCGCAAUCCUGAUCCCUGUUCUGGCAUCUUAAAAUAUUUGGAGACCAAUUUCACCUGCUUUCCUGCAAUUACUGUGGUGGCGUGCGAAGGCUCUUUGGCACAAUUGUUCUGUGAUGUAGGACAAGUUAUUUUCAUCUACGGUGCUGACUACGGACGCCGCGACCAGUCCACAUGCAUAUUCGGAAGGCCUCAGGAGCAGAUACAAAAUACAGAAUGCCUGCUCCCAAGUGACAUUGUGGCCAACACGUGCAAUGGGAAAAACAACUGUACGAUCCUAGCCACCAACGGUGUGUUUGGAGACCCCUGUAGAGGGACUUACAAGUACUUGGAGGUUGCCUACACAUGUGAAUUGCUCAUCAUCCUGACAGCAGUUGUUUAUUCUCGAGAGCGAGCGACCACCUGUGAUUCGGACCCUUUGAACGUCCAUCGCCUGACCUGUGAAGAGGGAGUGAUCAGCGUGGACGAGGCUUUGUACGGUCGCUCCGACUCGAUGGUCUGCUCUGAGGGAAGACCUGCGCAGGAGCUGGCUAACACGCAAUGUGCUCAGGAAGGCACCUUGAGAAGCAUCUUGGCAAGAUGCAAUGGCAAAAAAUCCUGUGAAGUGAACACGGCGACUUUCCGCAAUCCUGAUCCCUGUUCUGGCAUCUUAAAAUAUUUGGAGACCAAUUUCACCUGCUUUCCUGCAAUUACUGUGGUGGCGUGCGAAGGCUCUUUGGCACAAUUGUUCUGUGAUGUAGGACAAGUUAUUUUCAUCUACGGUGCUGACUACGGACGCCGCGACCAGUCCACAUGCAUAUUCGGAAGGCCUCAGGAGCAGAUAGAAAAUACAGAAUGCCUGCUCCCAAGUGACAUUGUGGCCAACACGUGCAAUGGGAAAAACAACUGUACGAUCCCAGCCACCAACGGUGUGUUUGGAGACCCCUGUAGAGGGACUUACAAGUACUUGGAGGUUGCCUACACAUGUGAAUAUCCGAUCAGCCAACCCUCACAUGUUCAUUAACAAACAUGGACUGCCACUUUAUCUUGAUGCAUUUCCAAUAUACAAUAAUAAAUGUAAGUGCAGGUUAUUUGUAGUUAACCAACAUCACUGUGUACUCGUAUCGAAAAUA